ACGUGGCACACACAGUGACACACAAACCAUGCAGGCAGCUCAACCCGAACCAGCAGCAGAAACAGAAAUGUAACAGAUGGAUUAGAAAAGUAUGUGCCUCGGCUCUUCAUCAACAUGUUCCCGGGAGUUUUCUAUGCAUUACUGGCGGGUUUCCUCGGGGCCGUGGCGUCGUCGUCGGCCAAACUGUCCCUCGGAGCCGACUACCUUAAGGGAGUCUGUGAAACCGGACUCCGGACGUGGGGAGAGCAGCGGAAAUUCAGACAAGCGGACGAAACUACCGCCUGCGACCGGCUCCACAUCCCACUGAGGCUGCUGUGUGGCGGUCUGCUUUUCACCUGCAAUGCUGUGAUGUGGACCUUCCUUGCCAAAGCACUCAGGUACUCCUCUUCCUCCACCCAAACCACUGUGACCACCACCGCCUCCAACUUCAUAUCUUCCGCUUUUCUGGGUCAGCUGAUCUUUGGUGAAGCCCAGAUAACGUUGUGGUGGGUUGGGAUCUCCCUGACCUUCUCUGGUCUGUUGGUGCUGCAGAGGGUUUCACCGCAGGAUAGGCAACAUGACGCAGGCGACAAGGACGAAUAAUAUGUCUUGUCUCCACUAGAGUUCAGACUGGCUUCAGCAUCUCCUCAGAUUUUAAGAUCUAGCCAAAAGAAACUGAAUAGUGAAGAAUUUUUUGUUAGUCCUCCCUCAGUUACUAGUUUUAUCAAACAAAUUGUUAAACUAAAUGCCACUCAAAAUGCAUCCUUCCUCAUAAAAAGGAGAUGCUUUAUUUAUAAUGUUCCUAGUUAUCCUUCAGAUUGCGUUUUGUGGCCAUGUAGGCUGAGAAACACUGCAUGCUCAGCUGUGGUGCAGCAUUUUUUUUGGACCUGUUCUAAAAAAUCAGAGGAGGUGUUGGUCUUCAGCCAGUCUGGCCAUGGCACAGCAACAGUCUGGCUAGUGGAGACAAGCUAAUGGAUGCCUGCGCCCAGCUUCCCAGAUGCUCUAACAUCAUCUUUGUACACAGGCUUACAAUGAAGCAAAAAGUAUACUAGCUUUACUUUACUUUUGGGGAAUCUUUCAGUCAACAACAGCACAAUAACUCAUAAGUUAACAGAACAGGUGUGAAGGAAGGGAAGAGACUAAAGGUAAAGGUAGUUAUUUGACAUUUUGGGAAAUACACUAUUUGUUUUCUGACAAAAAUUGACACCACUCUCAUGUCUGUAUAGUAUGAAGCUGAUGCCAGCGUCUGGUUAGCUUAGCAUAGCAAAAGAGGGAAACAGCUAGCCUGGCUCUGUUGGAAGCUAACAAAAUCGCCUACCAGCACCUUUAAAGUGCAUUCAUUAACAUGUUUUAUCUUGUUUGUUUAAUUCUAACACCCAGUAAAAUCACAGUGUUUUUUUGGACAGAGCCAGGCUGGCUGUUCCCCCCAUUUCCAGUCUUUAUGCUAAGCUAACCAAAACCAUCUCAUGGCUUUAGCUUCAUAUUUAACGGAAAAAUAUGAGUGUUAUCAAUCUUCUCUUCUAACUCUGCAAGAAAGGAAAUAAGUGUGUUUCUCAAAAACUAUUCCUUUAAAGGAAGAGACAGAUAAUACAAUAUCUAUAAUAUAAAUAUAUAUAUAUAUAUAUAUAUAUAUAUAUAUAUAUAUAUAUAUAUAUAUAUAUAUAUAUAUAUAUAUAUAUACACAGACAGACUGACUGAUCUGAAGUCUUUUGGGUUUUGUUCACGGCAGCGUGUGCAUUAUGUUUUGCAGUCGUCAGAUCACCAAAGCUUUCUUAAUUCUCACAUUUCCUUAAGUUACUCUGACACUCACUGUAAACUGAAGUUGCAUUUCAUGCAUGCUCAAGGCGAAGUUAUAAAGAAGCACUUAGCUGUUGAGGUGAACUUGUAAGUAAUAAUACUGAUGUAGCGCAGAAAAGCUCGCCCCAGGGUCCUUCUUCUACUUUUUAUUAGCCUUUCUUGACAGCUUCAACCUCAAGAUAUGAGCACGACACGUUUUGAUUCAGAGGCAGCUGCUUUUUCACUUCAUGAUAGAUGUGUGCAUGUUCUUAAUGAGGCUUGAACUCAAAUAUCUCGCACCAAAGCAUCCUGGAACAUCAGUCCACACAUCAGAGUGUCGUCCCUGUGAGCUGCUUCAUGUUAUUAAACUCACAAUCUUGUGACUUAAGUGUCUAAACUGUCUCUCCAGCGUAAGAGACAUUACAUGGCCUCUUGAUUGCCUGUUGAGCAUUAUGCACCCUGCAUUUGCAAUCUCACAUUAUCCUGUCCAUCGUCCAUCAUCUCUCUGGGUAGACACUUGCCUUUGUUGUCAGUGAGAGUGCAAUAACAUUUAACUUCCUUUAAAUCUCAUAACACUGUGAUGUGUGUAACAGCAAAGGAGCUUUGAGCAUAGAAAAUGGCAAUACAUGCUGCUACAGGGACGUUUCUGUUAGCAUAAAUCAGAUACUGUAGUAUACAGGGGAUUGUAUGAACAUGGCAUGAAAGGUUGCUUUAUUGAACAGUAUUUUAAGAUCACAUUUUGCUGUUGUUUGGAUACAUAUCAUAAUAUAAAUGCAUAACGGUAGCUAUAAUACCUGUCUGUAAUAUUCCACAGCAGCAAUGCACAAAUAUAUGAGAUGUCCUUCCAGCCGCUGCUGUGCAGGUUUUGUAUCUUACAUGCAUCCCUAUUAAUGUGACUGCAGUGACAAUGUGAUUAUACAACUCUCAUGUUAAAGGCCGGCUAUGUGAUGUUUCGUAGCAGGGAUGUACUCACCACGCAGGAUUCUGCAGCAGUGGAGAUCAAACACAGCCACGCAGAAGUCAAUUCAGCUGUUUGUGCCUCUACGUUUUGGAUCCUGGGUGUGUUACAUUACUUAAAAGAAUAGUCAAACAUUUUGGGAAAGUUAGAUCAGAAGAUUGAUAACACUUACGUCUGUGUGGUAAAUAUGUAGCUGCAGCUAGUAGCCGCUUUGCUUAGCAUAAAGACUGCUAAUAGCCUACCAGCACCUCUAAAACUCACAAAUGAACACAUUAUAUAUAUUUUGUUUAAUCUGUACAGAAAACAACAAACAAUAAUUUGUGGUAGUACAGGGGGUCAUGUGCUGGACUACCUCUUCCUCGAGUCUUGUCCUCACUGUAAGCUUUAGGAUUAGCAAACAUGUUCAUUAGUGAGCUUUAGAGGUGCUGGUAGCCAUUUCCCCCUGUUUACAGUCUUUAUGCUAAACUAAGCUAAGCAGCUACCUUCAUAUUUACUGGACAGCAAUGAGAGAAGCAUCAAGUUGUGGUUUUAUAGGAGGUUAUGUGCCAGACUAUUUCUUAGCUGGGAGCAGUUGCCAAGCAACCAGCAGAGACUGGCCAAAACAAUUGUCCGGCAUAUAAACCGCAAUUUCACAUGUUUAUACUUGUAAUGUGAUGAUUAUAUAAAACAUUUUAGUUAGUGAUCUUCCGAGGUGUUAUGUAGAUUUUGUGAACUUUAGAUAGAGCCAGGCUAGCUGUUUCCCCGUUUCCAGGAGAGUGGUAUUGAUUUUCUUAUCUAACUUUCAGCAAGAAAGUUAAUAUGUGUAUUUCCCAAAAUAUCAAACUAUUCCUUUAACGUACCUUUAAUAUCUGUAAUGUUUGCUUUUGAUUCUGAAGGUUUUUGGUGCCUGGCUUUCCUCCAGUUAACGGCAUGAUAUGAGGGUAUGCCAUCUACCUGUGAAUCCACUCUCACUGUAAUAUAAUGAGUCGGAGCUUUGCAGUAGGCACAUUUAUAGCUUUGUGACAGCCGCAUGGCCCUGAGUGUGAUGUGUUUAUAUCUGUGUGCACAUAAACUGUAGAUGUGGUUGUACGAGAAAUAAAAAAAACACUCAAA